AUGCCGGGAGGACACCAGCCUGUCUCCGGAGUUGUUGCUGGUAGGGACGUCGGGAGGAACACCAAAAGGUGUAGCUCUAACAGCCAUGCCAAAAGAUGUCCGCAUCGCAUUCACGUCCACCCAUACAUGCCCGUUCUCAAUCUACAGGAGUUCUUCGACUCCAUUCGCCAGACUCAGACUUCCAAACCAGUCAGUCUCAUUCUGCUGCAAGCAAUCCUUUUUGCUGGCUACGCGUUUGUGGAAAUGCCAUUGCUUGAAAGAACAGGAUAUCAGACAAGAAGGGAUGCUGGGAAAGUGUUUUAUGUUAAGGUUAAAUAUCUCUAUGAACUUGACUGGGAACUGGAUUCCAUCCCAGUCAUACAAGCACUCCUACUCAUAACCUACUAG